AUGGCCCCCGACGAGAAAAAGAGGCCAGCGGCCCUCAAACUCACGCCGGCUCGGUCUCAGUCGGUCGAGUCGGUUUCUAGCACAGACUCCUCGUCAACAUCAUCGUCACUAGCGAAGCCUCCGAGAACACCACGCUUCGCUGAAGCGACCACAAUUGUCUCGCCCAUCGAGCCCCCGACCAACAACCCCUUCUCGGAGAAGGCCCAGCCUGGUGAUGUCGGGUUUGGUUAUAUUGGAAACAGUGAAAGCCGGGACGCAGCUGUGCCAAUGACGCCAAAGUCUCCCUUGAAGAGCGCCCUCAGGGCCCCCGGGUCUAACGGGCGCGCCAUCCCGAACCCUCUGAGCCCGACAUUCAAAGAGGAGCAAAUACUGUCUGAGAAGGAGAAGAGGGUCGAAAAGGAUCAGAAGAGGGAUCUCAUGCGAGUACGCAUGGCUAAGCUUGCGCUGCGUGGUGUGAGCUUCAGCUGCAGUCUCAUUAUUUUGUCAAUGCUUGCUGCUUCCUUUUCAAUCUUCAAUGCGACUAAGGCGCUCCCGUCGCUCAGCAACCUGCCAACUUGGGCGGAAAACACCAAGGUUUGGCCGCAGAUUGUGGUUUUAGUCUGCGCCUGCAUCUCUCUCUGCAUCUGCAUCACCAUCUUUAUUAUGUACUGCCGCGGUGGGCACCGGCGAGCUGAGAAGGUCGGCGUCUACUAUACGCUGUUCGCUGUCGGUUGGUUCAUCUUUAGCAUGGUGAUGUGGGCUGUGGCAGCUGGUGUUCUGCAGUUCUCGCGCAACAACAGCAACAACAAAGACCUCUGGGGCUGGGCCUGCGUAGAGAACCGGCGCUCGACGAUCCAGGGCCAGGCCCAGAACGUCGACUACGAUCUGGUGUGCCGCCUGCAGGACUGGACGUUGAUCUGCAUCAUCAUCGAGCUCGUCAUCGAGGUCAUCAGCAUCUCCCUGUACAGCAUUGUCUUCUACCGCUACUGGACAAAGCGCAAGCUGCACAAAUCCAUGGACAUGCGUGACAAGGCUCGUUCCGACUUCUACCUUGCCCAGCUGCGCUCUCAGUCCGCCCCCAACACUCCUGGCUUCCCCAAGUCUCCCACCUUCUCGCAGUACGCUCUCUCUCCGCGCUUUCCGCCAUCGACUUACAAGAACCUCGCCGAGAUUGACAACGACGAUGACAGCACCAAGGGCAGCGUCAACCCCUUCACUCCCGGCGGCAAGAAUCUCGUUGUCCCGACAUCCUCGUUUGCCAACUCCAACUUCAAGCUGCAGGCCCCGCCGCCCAAGGCUAACCCCGCCACGCCGAGCGCGCCCAAGAGCCUCUCCCCUACGACUACUACCCCGCCAAUUCCUGCAGUGCAGCAGCAGGUGCAUGUCAAUGCCCCAGCUCCCAUGGCUGAAGGCGAGAAGCAGUACGAGGCUGUGCCGAUCCCCAGCGCGUACUCCGGGCAGGCAAUCAAGAGCCCUGUACAAGCGACCUUCAAUGUCCAGCAAUGA